AUAAAUGUGUCCCUUACUAAUAUUGUAAACAUUAAAUUGAAAAAAUGCUAAUUUAAUACGAUACUGCACAUUUUUUGUCUUCUAUGUUCACAUCAAAUUAUUGUGUUACUUUAACCUAUAUGUUUAUAGAACCUUUAAUGAUAUGUUUUUUGUAUCUAGUCGUGACAUUAGGGUAUUAAAAUUAUGUAUGUCAAAUGUCUACACCAGUCGUUACUCAUAUAUUAGACAAUUUUAUAAGACUGAGUUAAUAAUGAUUUUGGGUAAUGUAUUAAAAGGUUUUAAUCCAACUAAACAUCUCUUCAAAGCAACAAAAAGUUACAUUUCUCACGCUGGAGUAGUGACAGUCACGAAGUUAUCUAAUGGACUACGAGUGGCUACUGAAGAAACCGGCGGCCCCUUAGCUUGCCUCAGACUGUUUAUACAAGUCGGCUCCAGGUACGAAAACAGUGACUCUAAUGGAAUAUGUCAUUUCAUAGAACAUAUGGCAUACAAAGGCUUUAAUUCCAUGAACAAACAGAACUUGGAACAUACGCUGAGCGAUCUAGGUAUCAAAAUGGAUGCGAUAACGACACGAGAAUAUCAAGUGUUCUCCGGAAUUUGUCCCAGCGAAUGCUCCAAUGAAGUUGUGGAUAUAUUAUCUAAAAUCCUAACAGACUUAGAAUUAUCUGAACAAGAAAUGGCGUGUGAAAGGCAAAACAUUGAAACGGAAUUACUCGAUUUGGAUAUAGAUCCUAAGACGGUAAUGUUUGAGUAUUUAAAGGAAACUGCGUUCCAAGGAACCACAUUGUCACGAAGAGUCGCCGGUCCGACGAGAAACUUGAAAAGGUUCAAUCGAGCUUGCGCUUAUCACUUCCUACAGAAAAAUUAUACGCCUUUACGGAUAGUUCUCGCUUCUUCGGGAGGGGUGACCCAUCAAAGCAUAAUGGCGCGUGCCGGACAAAGUUUCGGUAAUUUGCCGUGUGAUAAUGAACCAUUGGAUCACGGUCCGUGUCGUUUUACGGGAUCCCAAACUCUCUAUCGCGACGAUUCGAUGCCAUUCGCUCAUGUUUCACUUGCUUUUGAAGUAGCUGGUUACACGAGUAGUGAUUACUUGCCACUUUUAGUAGCGAAGCAUAUUAUUGGCUCCUGGCACAGGAGUCAAGGUGGAUCUGAGCGUCACGCUCCGUAUCAAGCGCAGGCAUCUUCGAGCGUGUCCUGUGAAAGCUAUGAAUGUUUCUACAUACCGUACCGCGAUGUAGGUUUGUGGGGCACGUAUAUUGUAUGUCCUCGUAUGUCGGUUGAGGAUUGUGUUCACCUUGCCCAAGGUACUUGGAUGCAUUUGUGUACAACGACGACGGAUGCUGAUGUGCAGCGAGCCGUGAAUGCGGUCAAGCUAGAGUUGGCUAAACGAGAAGAUGGCGUCAUAAACUCAUCUUUCGAUAUUGGCAUGCAGGUCCUUUUCAAAAAUGAAAGAGAGUCUUUGUCAGCUGUUUUUGAACAACUUUCAGCGCUUACAGCCAGCACUGUCAAGAAUGUUGCGUACAACUACAUUUAUAAUAAAACGACCGCUGUGAGCGCUGUUGGACCAACGGAAGGCUUGCCUGAUUAUAAUAGAUUACAAGCUGGUUCUUAUUGGUUGAGAAUUUGAUGUAAUAAAAAACUUAACUAGCAAAAUUGGCUAGAUGUCAUUAAAUAAAUAAAUAAAUAAUUUA